AUGACUGUGGGAGAGUAUGCAGCCAAGUUCCAGGAGUUGAUGAAGUACUGGCCUUAUUAUCAGCAUGACUUGCCCAUCUUGGUGAGCAAGAGCAGAAUUUUUGAAGCUAACUCAAAAGGGAAGACGGUGGACACUAGGGGAGCUAGUCCAGUGAGACAUGAUAGAAGACCCCCAAGGUUCUCAAAGGGGCCGUAUUCAGGCUCGAAUAGUUCUCAACCUGAGGGAGUUCCUCUCAAGAGAGGAGUAGCGAGAGUGGCUCAGGAAUGGGCUGCCAAGAGGGGAGACAGUGCAAGUACAGCUCAGAGGUUGGAAUUGAGAGGAAGUACGGGGCCAAGUACGGGGCAGAAGCCGAGUAUUCCUGGUAGAGUCUUUGCUAUGAGUGGAGCGGAGGCUUCACAGUCAGAAGAGAUGAUCCGAGGUAAAUGCAUUAUUAAGGGUCGUUUGCUUGAUGUGCUGUUUGAUUCGGGUGUUAUGCACUCUUUUAUAUCUGUGGACUGUAUGAAGAGUCUGAAUUUAUAUGUGACAGAAUUAUCAUGUAAUGUUGUGGUGACUACCCCUAUAGGUGAUCGUUACCUUGGAUCAGACGAUGACCUUGAUUUUGAAGAUUUGGCUGAGAUAGAGAGCUGGUAUGAGGUUGAUGAAUAG